GAACGUAGUCGCACGUUAUUCAUUCGUCUGGCAGCUUGCCGUUCCAAGAUGGAGAGAAAACAACGUCGUGACUGCUCUCGCGCAAGGUGGUUGUAAAUACAAACCGGACAGCAUCGAUGAUCCUGUUGAUUUUUACGUGAAAUCAGCGUUAAAAAGUGCAAUGGCGAAAUCCGUGCUAAGUUCAGAUACGUUACCAAAAGCAGGUCGCGUUAACGAGGUGUGCCGCGAAUGGUUGGUGCACGAGGAUGGAGCGCUGGCCUAUCGACUUCAGGACGAAGAAAUCAAGGAGCAUUAUACUGGUAACAAAGUACGUAAUGCACAGGUGAGAGAAGACUUGCCACGGGCUAAAGUGGAACAAGAAUUAGAAGCUUUAAGAUAUCAAACUUAUGUACAACAACAGGAAGAAAGAGAUGCCCUUGUCGCCAGGCAAAUAGCAAUUUCUUUAGAACGAGAAGAAAGACAAAGAGAACGCGAGUUGCAAGAACUGAUGAGAUUACAGCUAAGGCUUGGAGAUGAAGCUAUGCAACAGGAGAUUGAAAAACGUGUGCAAGAAGAAAAAGAUGAGGAACUCGCGAGAAAGCUGCAACAAGAGGAGGAGGAAGAUAAUCCCGACGGUCUGGUGGAUGAUCAACUAAUGUUAGAUCAAAAACUAGCAAUGGAAGCACAAGACGCCGAAUUUGCGCGAAUGCUUCAGGAGAAAGAACGCGCAAAGGCGCGUAAAGCACGAGAGAGAGCAAGGCAGAAAAAACUAGAGCGUGAACGUCAACAGCAACAACAGCAACAGUUAGAGGAGCAGAAUCUUGCAGAACGACCACAAAGACCGGAUAGGUUGGAUUUAAGGACUCCACCAGUCAAGAGUCGUGUUCGUCAGCCUAACUCAAACUAUACUCAUCAAUACUCAGACCCCGAGGAGAUCCAAACGUUGGACGAUCCUUCGGUCGACGGUAUGCGAGAAGUGACCAAUGUUGCAACCAUUAUCGAUCCCACUUAUAACGCACAUCGAAACACCUCAAGUAGCUCGAGCAGCACAAUAAGCCCAACUUAUGCCUUGCCGACACCACCUCAAGAGUUGAUGCCUGAUGACGUACCUUGUUAUAUGCCAAUACAAGGUCAGCGACGGAAUCAGGCCCAAUCUUUGUCUAAUAGCCACGAGGAGAAACAUAAACGACGCGUUAAAGAUGGCUGUAAGCAUCAGUAAAGAUUACCACAAAUUAAAAUAGUAUUUUUUACAAAAAACACUUUUUUUAAUUGCCAUCGAAUGUAGACAGUAUUCAUUUAUAAGAUUCGUCUAAGGAAUUUUAGUAGGCACUUACAUUGACUAACAUUUAUAAUGUUUGUAACAUUUAUCAAGAUUUAUCGAUUUUUUUCAUUUUAUAUUGGAUAAUGCGUGUGUUUUGCCAUAUUAUUAUGUGGUAAUAUAAUUCGCAUUGUGCGAGGCAUAACGUGCCUUUCUUAAAGGGCAUGCAAUCUAUGACGGCCUUGAUACAUAUUAACAAAUUAUUCAAACAAUCAAUUAAGAAAGAUUAACGAUGUUACGAUUGUUGAUUAAUAUGAGCGGAUUGAUUGUACCGUCCUCGAUUUUAUAUUUGCAUUUCUCACGUCCACUUAAUGUGGAAUAUCUCAAGACUAAAGAUAAGAAUUACUUUAUUGCAAUAAUCCUUGUCAGUAUUAGGAUUUUUGAUACUUUUAGCGAAAAGUAAAAAAUAUGACAAAAAUAUCAUAGACAAUCACAGAAUUUAUAAGAGAUUUAUUGUUCAAAUUUUGAUGCACUUAGGCUUGAUGGUAAGUAGGCAGUAACGGUGUACAAAUGUUAAUUGACUGAUAAAGUUUAUCACGGCAACUCUCUUAAUUCGUAGCAAGAAUCGAGUAUGCAGAAUGUAAAUGAAAUGCAAGUGAGCAAGUUGUGAUAAAAAAUAAUGAAUUUUGUAUAAAUUUUCAUAAAUUUUCUCGCGACACUGAAUAUAAUGACAUUUUAUAGAGUCUAUCGUUCAAUCGGAAUCAUAACUUGUUCUUACAGAAUAUAGCAGUAUAUUUCUGCUACAUAUUGUAUAUUGGGGUUCUCUCUAGAUAGACAGCAUUGAUUUGAUAUGUAAUAAUACAUCGCGAGUAUUUCAAACCCCUUUAAUAGUUAAUAAGGUAGAAUGUAAAGAAUGACAACACUGCCAAAGAUAACACUUUAAUGCUGGCUUUUAAACAGAUAGACAAAAGUGUUAAUAAGGAAAGCACGUACACGCGUGUAUUAAGCAUAUGUAACGAUAUACACCAAGGAGUGAACUAUAUUGCAAUCUGCUCCAAACUUUAAAAUAUGAUGCAACUUUUAAAACGCUUAGAACAUGUUGCUGAUUAUAAUAUUUCAAGGAGACAUGUUAAAACGUAAGAAUGCGAAAAAAGUACAGUUGUCAUAUCCCUUGAAUAGAUACUCUACACUAUUUAUAUUUCCAAAAAAAUAACAUGUUUACGAAACACUAUUACAAUUCACUUAUUAUUAAUUAUCGAUUAUUAUAAGGAACGUAUGCGGACGUAUUAUAUGUACAAUUUAUUAUCUACUAGUUCAUAUAAGAUUUGUAUUUCAGGAAAGAUAAAUAAUUGUACUGAGAAACAGUGAUUAAGCAAUAUUCCAUUAGAAUACGAGUUUAUUUGCAAUGAUGUAUUAUUAAUGGUGGCUGGAGCCUUCUCUUUUUUUUUCGAUAUUAUCAUACGUAUUACCUUUUCUUUACAUUUAUUGUAUUAAUACAUCUAUACAUAAGUAUAUGUUAAUAAAUUAUUUACAAAGUUA